AUGUUGGGCGCUUUCCGCCGAAAUGGCGUUGCCCAUGCGCUGCGCGCUUCUGCUCCACGAUUUCUUUCGGCCAGAGUGACACCUCAGCAGCUACAAUGGCAUCCACCGGCCUUCUCUGCAGUCUCGCAUGUGCCCCGCUCGCUUUUCCAUGCAUCCCGAGUCUCUUUCUCUGCCGUUGCCGAAGCUCAGGCCCAGAAUGCUGAGGCCGACCAGGAUGGUCGCCUGUCAAAUUUCAAGCAGCUGGCGGAUCAAGGCUUGGUCGACCCCAUCAUUAUUCGUACCCUUGACAAGAAGAUGGGUAUCAAGACGAUGACGGAUGUUCAGAGCAUGACCAUUCAGGAAACUCUGCAAGGGAACGAUGUGUUGGCUCAAGCAAAGACUGGAACUGGAAAAACACUUGCCUUCCUCAUACCCGUGGUGCAAAACAUCAUAAAGGACCCCACUGUCAAAAAACGUUCUUACCGGCGUUCAGGCCCAGGAGCUUCGUCGGCAGAUAUCCGUGCCAUCAUAAUCUCCCCAACCCGUGAGCUUGCGGAGCAGAUCGCUACAGAAGCGAAAAAGAUCGCGUCGGGUACUGGGAUCGUGGUGCAAUCGGCUGUCGGUGGCACUCGUAAGAUGGAAGGCCUGCGUCGGAUCCAGAGAGAGGCUGCCACUUGUUGCUUUGUUCUCGACGAGGCAGAUCGCUUGCUGGAUGAUGGUUUCGCUCCUGAGAUUUUCGACAUUCAACGCCUACUUCCUGACCCGAUGAAAGUCGAUCGCCAGACGCUCAUGUUCUCGGCUACUGUCCCGAGGGAAGUCUUGUCCAUGGUUCACCAAACUAUGAAACCUGAUUUCAAAACUAUCCAAACUGUCAAGGAGGAUGAAGUGCCUACUCAUUUCGCAGUUCCUCAGAAGACUGUUACGCUCGAUGGCUUCCAGAAUGCUUUGCCCGCCAUUCUUGAGUUGGCUAAGAAUUAUCAAGCACACGUGGCCAAUGACCGCAGUGCUCGACCUUUCAAGGCUAUUGUCUACUUUAACUCCACCAUGCAAGUGAAUUUGGCCUACCAAGUCUUUAGCAAGUUGCUCAACAACCCCGAUGACCGCCGGAGUGGCCACCCUUUGAACAAGAUGUACAUGAUGGAGCUCCACUCGCGUCUGACUCAAAACCGGAGAACGCUUACUUCCGACUUUUUCCGGAACAGCCGCUCUGGUAUCCUCUUCUCGUCGGACGUAACGGCGAGAGGCUUGGAUUUCCCAGACGUUACUCAUGUCAUUCAGGUUGGUGCCCCUCGUUCCCGUGACACCUACAUCCACCGUAUCGGACGUACUGGGCGAGCAAACAAGGAAGGUGAGGGAUGGAUCCUCCUUCAUCCUGGUGAGAACGGUUGGAUCCAGAGAAGGUUGGGAGACCUUCCUAUCGAGAAAGAUCACACACUGGCCACGGCCGUCACGAACAUGCGCGAGGAAGUGGGCGACGAUGUUUCCCCUUCUGCCGCGGAGUCUGUGUCGCAAGUCAAGGAGGCUAUGCUCAAGGUUCCCGAAGACAUCCGGGAACAGGCAUUCAAGUCUCAAUUGGGCACUCUGAUGGCAGUCUUCUCCCGUCCGAGAGAUAUGAUUCUCGCCAUGAACGAGCUCGCCGUGCAUGGCUAUUACCUGCCUGAGCCCCCAUCGAUUUCCCCUGGCAUGGCCCAAAACCUGGGCGUGGCUGACGUAAGGGAGGCAAAUGUUUCGGGACGUCGUUUUGGCUCUCCUCGAGGCCAGCGUGAUUCCUCUCGUGGUCCUAGCCAAUUCAGGGGUGGUCGUGACAACCGCAGAGGCAGCCACGAGCGCAACUACGAGCGCAACCAUGAGCGCAACCACGAACGCAGCCACGAGCGCAGCUACGACUCUCGCCGCCGUGGUUCUAACCGCUGGGACAACAGAGACCGCUAUUAA